AUGAACGGGGACUACACCGCACCGCUGCUCUCGCGGGGGGAGUUCGAGGCGCUCAAGCACGACCCGCUGCUCAUCUUGGCGCGGGCCACGGAGGCGAUCGCCGGGUUGCAGCAGCGGGAGGCCGCACGGCGGGCGGAGGCCACUGAACUCCAGCGGCUGGUGGAGGCGGCGGGGGCGGCCGGGGGCACCGAUCCCACCAGCGCCCAGCGGGAGCGGGACGUGAUGGACGCGACGGCCGAGUUGGAGCGUGACCACCGCCAACUCGCCGUGCGCUGCACAGAAAUGGAGUUGACGAAUAAACGACUGACAGAGGUAGUGGAUGAAUUGCGGCGGGAGAAGGACGCAUUGCUUAAGGAACGUACAGAGCUGCAAAGUACACAGAACAAACUAGAUGCGCAGUACACUGAUACCCUAAAUAAGAUCUCCACACUAGAGAAAUUGAUACCGGAUGACACUGCGAAAAUAAAGGGUCUUCAGGAUAUCAUUGACAAGAAGAUCACUUCAUUAGACGAACUCACCAAAGAGGUUCUUAACUAUACCAAUAAGUCUUCAGGACUACAGAAAAAAGUGGAGAAGUUAGGUUGCGAGCGCCUCACAUUGGAGGCAGAAACAGUGGCGUUAGAACAAACGACUAGGCAACAGGAACGUACAAUCAACUACCUUCAACAUGAAUCUACUCAGCUUGAUGAUGAAAUUAAUAAAAAAACAACAGAGUUAGUGGAAAUGAAGAAACAAAUGUCUGCUAUGUUGUUGGAACUACAACUUCAAAUUACAAGAGCUGAAGAGGAAAUGACCCGAUUACAAAAUGCAGUUUCCAAUGAAAAAAAUUUAACUGGUCGUCAAAAUCUAUGGCAGGCAAAAGAACUUCACGCAAAAACGGAAGAUCUUCUUACCACUCGUCAAGAAAUGACACAGGAACAUGGAAAAUUAAAGACGGAGUUAUCAAUAUUACAAGAAAAGGUUCAGCGCCUUAAAAAUAAUGCCCUUGUAGUAGAAAAACAGAAUCAAGUGAUGGGACAAUCUUUACAACAAUUAGAGGAUGAGGAUGAAUUUGCAAGGUCAUCCUAUGCUAAACGUAAAGAUGAAGCUUUUGAAGAGUCAACUAAACAGUCUGCAACAGUUCAACAACUUAACGCAGAACUUCAGAAAGCACGUGAGAAUCUUUAUAUGAUGAAAUCCAAGGUAUGCAAAGAUUGUCGUACGUCCAUUUUUCCGAGUGAAGUACCAGAUACAUCUAUAGGAUAA